GUUAGUAUCUCAAGGGAGGCAAGGCUAUACUCAAAACAGCUUUCCCAUGGUCUCUUUCAGUCAACCUGUUGUAUGGUUUGUCUCCUAAGACUGGAAGUGAACUCCAAAUACCUUCUUGGUUCAUCAGCUCAUCUGAACCCCAUAACCAUUCCCUGAGGUAGUCUGGGCAGGUAUUAUCAUUCCUGUUUUACACAUGGGUAAUCUCAAAAGCGACACAAUGACUUGCUCAAGGUCAUACAGUUGGUAAUGGUCCAUCUGUGCCUGGAACUGAGGUCUUUCUGGCUCCAAAGCCUGGGAUCCUUCCACUGCACCACCAUGCAGACUACUUUAUUGAACACUUCCUAUGUGCUGGGCACAGCACCAGGCCCUUCACAAGCAUUAAUCUCUGAUCCUCGGAUUGGAAUUAUUGCCAAUUUAUAGAAUAGAAAUUAAGGAUGGGUGCUCACUUCGCACCACAUAUACUAAAAUUAGAAUGAUACAGAAAUUAGCAUGGCACUAUGCAAAAGGAUGACACGCAAAUACGUGAAGCGUUCUAUAAAAAAGUAAACAACAACAACAAAAAUUGAGGACGGGGUGGGUUUUAAAUGACUGACAAAGAUCACUCAGACAGGAAGGGCAGAGCUAGGAUUCGCGUGUAGCUCUCCAGCUACUCAAUAGCAGGGAUUCUGCCAACCCCAUUUUGAGACGCUGACUGGUGACAGAGCUUUCAUAAACCUCGAUCGACCCAAGCAAACUCAGUUUUAGAAAAAGGCUGGGCUUGGCCAGGCGCAGUGACUAACGCCUGUAAUCCCAGCACUCUGGGAAGCCGAGGCGGGAGGAUGGCUUGAGCCCAGGAGCUGGAGAUCAGCCUGGGCAACAUAGUGAGACUUUGUCCCUACAAAAAACUGAAAAAAAAAUUAGCCGGUCGUAGUGGUGCGCGCCUGUGGUCCCAGCUAUUCGGGAGGCUGAGGCGGGAGGAUCGCUUGAAUCUGGGAGUUGGAGUUUGCAGUGAGCUAUGAUCGCGCCACUGCAUUCCAACCUGGGCGACAGAGUGAGACCCCUGUCUCAAUUAGGAAAAAAAAAAAAAAAAAAAGGCUGGGCCGCGCCUGCGCACUAGCCAUAGGGGCGGGGAGGUCAACGCGAGGCCGAAUGUGCUGUGGUGCCAGAGAAGGCGUGUCUGUUUCCCAAACAACCACUGUCCCCACGGCGCCUGUCUGUCCCAAGGUUGGUCGGUAUGCCGCGAGUGACGGCGGCUCUUAACCAAUCACCGCAGAACUCAGGCUGUUGCCGGGGCGAAGCGGUGUCCGCCUCCCCCGGAAGGGUAUUUGUAGGUGGGUGGGACCGGAAGUGACGCUACAGGGGAAUGCUAUGCUCCGGGAGUGUUGAUGUUUUCCAGUCAUUCCGGUUGACAGCGUUCAAGUUGGAAGCCUGGAGGGGAGGUGUUUUUCCUGUCGUACGUGGGACAGGCCACGCUGUCCGUCCGCAGUACCGACGCCUGCAGGUCAGAGCUUCGGGGAGAAAAGUGAAGAGCAAGACGGAACUGACGGGGAGAAAGGCUGGGAACCAGGGUGUCGACUUUGACUGAAAUUUGAGACGGAGGGCACCGGAGGGCAAGCACUCUCCUGUGAUUGGCCCGUGGGCGUCGUCGAGGACCCACGCAGCUGCUCAAUUGGUUGGUGUUGCAAUUGUUGUGGCGGCGGCGGCGAUUUUGCCCACGUACUUCCGAGUAAGGGGCGGGGCUGUGCCCUGGCGCGCGUGCGCAGCGCCCCGGGGCCCCACCCGGUAGUGCAAGAACCUGCGAGGGGGCGGAGCGAAGAGGUGCUUGUUUUGGUUCUGUUUCCUUUGAAGCAGAAGGCCGGAACAAGCGUAGCAAUAAACUUGCUGGACUUGGAGAGAAGGCUAAGACAAACUCGCCGCACUGCCUUCAUCUUGGACUUUACAUCCGGGUUCUCCUCUCGGCGUGACCCGCGCGCCGCCGCCGCCGCCUCCGCCGCCGAGGGUUCUCGAACCGGUGCCGCGAUCCCUUUAUCCGGGUCUCGCCGUUCCCGUCGUGCCUCGCGCACUACACUAGCCCCCUCAUCCGGGUUCUCUCCCGGCGUGCCCCGCGCCGGGUUUGUUGGGGGGUACUCGGCAGUGCAGCCAUGACUAUACUCCCCAAAAAGAAGCCGCCGCCUCCCGACGCCGACCCCGCCAACGAGCCGCCGCCGCCCGGGCCGCUGCCCCCGGCGCCGCGGCGCGGCGGGGGUGUGGGCGUGGGCGGCGGCGGCACGGGCGUGGGCGGCGGCGAUCGCGACCGUGACUCCGGCGUCGUGGGGGCCCGUCCGCGAGCUUCGCCACCGCCUCAAGGCCCGCUACCAGGACCGCCGGGCGCUCUUCAUCGCUGGGCGCUGGCCGUGCCGCCUGGUGCAGUGGCGGGUCCCCGGCCACAACAGGCUUCUCCACCUCCUUGCGGGGGCCCAGGUGGUCCCGGCGGCGGUCCCGGCGACGCGCUGGGCGCAGCGGCGGCGGGUGUGGGUGCCGCGGGCGUGGUGGUGGGUGUGGGUGGUGCCGUAGGCGUGGGCGGCUGCUGCUCCGGGCCUGGGCACAGCAAGCGGCGACGUCAAGCUCCCGGGGUUGGCGCGGUUGGCGGGGGCAGUCCCGAGCGUGAGGAGGUCGGCGCAGGCUACAACAGUGAGGACGAGUAUGAGGCGGCUGCAGCACGCAUCGAGGCUAUGGACCCUGCCACUGUCGAGCAGCAGGAGCAUUGGUUUGAAAAGGCCCUACGAGACAAGAAGGGCUUCAUCAUCAAGCAGAUGAAGGAGGAUGGCGCCUGUCUCUUCCGGGCUGUAGCUGACCAGGUGUAUGGAGACCAGGACAUGCAUGAGGUUGUGCGAAAGCAUUGCAUGGACUAUCUGAUGAAGAAUGCCGACUACUUCUCCAACUAUGUCACAGAGGACUUUACCACCUACAUUAACAGGAAGCGGAAAAACAAUUGCCAUGGCAACCACAUUGAGAUGCAGGCCAUGGCAGAGAUGUACAACCGUCCUGUGGAGGUGUACCAGUACAGCACAGAACCCAUCAACACAUUCCAUGGGAUACAUCAAAACGAGGACGAACCCAUUCGUGUUAGCUACCAUCGGAAUAUCCACUAUAAUUCAGUGGUGAAUCCUAACAAGGCCACCAUUGGUGUGGGGCUGGGCCUGCCAUCAUUCAAACCAGGGUUUGCAGAGCAGUCUCUGAUGAAGAAUGCCAUAAAAACAUCGGAGGAGUCAUGGAUCGAACAGCAGAUGCUAGAAGACAAGAAACGGGCCACGGACUGGGAGGCCACAAAUGAGGCCAUUGAGGAGCAGGUGGCUCGGGAAUCCUACCUGCAGUGGUUGCGGGAUCAGGAGAAACAGGCUCGCCAGGUCCGAGGCCCCAGCCAGCCCCGGAAAGCCAGCGCCACAUGCAGUUCGGCCACAGCAGCAGCCUCCAGUGGCCUGGAGGAGUGGACUAGCCGGUCCCCGCGGCAGCGGAGUUCAGCCUCGUCACCUGAGCACCCUGAGCUGCAUGCUGAAUUGGGCAUGAAGCCCCCUUCCCCAGGCACUGUUUUAGCUCUUGCCAAACCUCCUUCGCCCUGUGCGCCAGGUACAAGCAGUCAGUUCUCGGCAGGGGCCGACCGGGCAACUUCCCCCCUUGUGUCCCUCUACCCUGCUUUGGAGUGCCGGGCCCUCAUUCAGCAGAUGUCCCCCUCUGCCUUUGCAGGUCUGAAUGACUGGGAUGAUGAUGAGAUCCUAGCGUCGGUGCUGGCAGUGUCCCAACAGGAAUACCUAGACAGUAUGAAGAAAAACAAAGUGCACAGAGACCCGCCCCCAGACAAGAGUUGAUGGAGACCCAGGGAUUGGACACCAUCUCCCAACCCCAGUACUCCUGCUCUCCGGUGCCACCUCACCUUCUUUGGCUUCUUCCCUCUUGCCUCCUUCUGUUCUUUCUGCUCUCCCCUCUUUUCCCUCCUCCUCACUUCCCUCUGGCUAGCCCACCCCUGCACUCUCUCUCAUUGCCGCUGCCACUAUCACCUGUCUCUCUGCCAGCUGAUGUGCCCUGUUGCCCCCCCCCCCCACCCCGCACAGAACCAUCCCUGCAUUCCACAGGGGACUCGGGCAAGGGUGCCGAAGAUAGACAAGAGGCACACAGAGACAGACCAACUGGCAGCCAGGCAGCCCCAGCCCCAGAGGAGAGAGACAUUCAGACAGAGGAAAGUCUCCCUGCCCCUCAUUCCUUCCAAGAUGAGAAAAACUUGCCACCCCCCCCCCCCGACACUGAUGCCAGGGAGGUGGGAGGAAGAAGUGGGAAAUUUCCCUUCCCAGUACCCCCAAGAACAUCUGAGCCUUCAAUGUUGAAUUUUUUCUUUAUUAAAAUUACUUUUAUCUUAUAAAAUCAACUAAUCAAAAAUGAUAUAGACGACAGCACUGGCUCUGUGAAGGUGGCAUCCUUCUGGGCAGGCAGGCCAUGGGGCAUGGAGGAGGGCGCAAAGAUAUGGGUUGCUGUCUUCUGGCCUCCAGCUGCAUGGAGGCCGGCCCAGGGUCUAGGGUGUGCACUGGGCAAGGGCAGGGCGGCAGGUGUCAGGCCGGCUUGGACAAUGAAACCCUGACCUUGCUGCAUUCCUUUUGCUUCCACCACCACUAGCCUCUUUGGAAUCUUGGGGUGGGGGUCAUCUUUGGGGAUUAUGGCUGCCACCCGGGAUUUGAGUGUAGGGAGUGUGGGAGCAGCCUUGGCAGAUGGGGCACCCGUGCCCUGCAGGUGUUGACAAGAUCCACCAUCUGUAAUGUCCUUGGCACAAUAAAACCAAAUGUCAGUUUCCCUGA